AAGAGUGGAUAACAUGCAAACACGUGUCCAAAUAAAUGAACCCAGGCACAGAUAUGUACAGGCCGACAGAGCAUGUGUUUUUGGGGAUGAGCUCUCUGGGUGUGUGGGGUAAUUAUACCUGCCCUGUUGUCAUGGAUAUACAGUAUGAGGGGAGGUUAGCUCACCUUGUCGUCAUUGUGCAUCAUGGACUUCACUGACAGCAUGUCGGAGGGAGACAGGCGACCCACGGAGGCUGUGUUCACUCAGCUGCAGGGGAAUCUGUUUUUCGACUCAGGUUCCUCUGGGCCUGAAGAUAUCUUCGACGAGGACUGCUACUCUCCGUCCUCCCUGUCCUCGUCCUCCUCCUCAGUCCCCACUGUGGCCUCCCUGCCGGGGAGGACUCUGUGCACCUCCUGCGGCAAGGAGAUAGCGGACCGAUACCUCCUCAAGGUAAACAACCUGUGCUGGCAUGUGCGCUGCCUCUCGUGCAGUGUGUGUCAAACAUCUCUGGGGCGACAUGUGAGCUGCUACAUCAAGGAGAAGCAAGUUUUCUGCAAACUAGACUACUUCAGGAGGUAUGGGACUCGCUGUGCCCGUUGUGGCCGUAACAUCCACUCCAGUGACUGGGUGCGGCGGGCUCGAGGCAGUACCUUCCACCUGGCCUGUUUCUCCUGCACCUCCUGCAAGCGCCAGCUGUCCACUGGGGAGGAAUGUGGACUUCUAGAGAACAGGGUCUUCUGUCGACCCCACUAUGACGCCAUGAUGGAGAACAUCAAGCGUGCUAAGGAUAGUGAUGAUGUCUCUUCUCCUUUAGACCAACCGAGCAUAGAGGAAGAGGUGGGGAACAAGGAGGAGUCCAGCACAAUGCCCAGACCUGCCAAGAGGGCCAGGACCAGCUUCACUGUUGACCAGUUACAGGUGAUGCAGACUCAGUUUGCUAAAGAUAACAACCCAGACGCCCAAACGCUCCAGAAACUGGCAGAGAGGACGGGUCUGAGCCGCAGGGUUAUUCAGGUUUGGUUUCAGAACUGCCGAGCUCGUCAAAAGAAAUACAUCAACCCAAAUCCAGUCUGCUCCACUAUGAUGACAUCACUAACUCCUGGUCAGAUGACCCCACCUCUGAUGGAGGAUCUGCAAUACACUACUUAUAUUUCCCCAGACGCACCACUCCUCACUUCUCUGACUUACAUGGAUGUCCAAAACCCAGAUCCACUUUUGCUUCAGCCUCUCAUAUCCCAUUCAUUGACACAGCUGCCAGUCAGCCACGCCUGAGCCACAGCCCGCCUCCUCAAACAGAAGACAUUGAUUGGCUGACUGGAAGGUAAAGAGCUGAUCCCAGGUCUUCCAUGAACAGAGGAUUGGAUGAUUAAAUGUCAAAACAAAGAAAAGAAAGUACAAUCAUAAGUUUAAUUUCUGAACCAUUCAGGUGCUUGAUGAAUUCGGGUCAAUGAAUAACUUCCUGCAGAGUUCACAUGUUAGAAAGUCAAGCCAAACACAGGUGUUUAUGAGAUGAACCCUGUGUUUACAUGUAUGUUAUUAUUUUUGUCUUUAAUUUAUUUGGAGAAUUUAAUGAGAAAAGGCACUUUGAGAAUGAUGUAAGCUUAAGUAAAGGUAUUGUUUUCAGUUGGAUGGUGUUUAGUUGGAUGGUUGAAUGUGUGUUUUAGGAGAACAGAAAUGUCACCUCGGCCUCAUGAAGACGGUAUCAAAUAGUUUUUCUUCUCUCAUGACAUAUUCAGAGAGUGUGGUGAAUCAAAACCACCAGAGAUCACACACAGACUCCUCUGUUUCUUGAUGAUGUUUUGUUUGAAAUUUGUCUCCAUCUGGACCAAUCUUCACCGCCGGGUGCACAGUUCAUCGUUCUCCAAACAUUCACAUACUGUAUCUCAUUUAGGACACACAACACGUCUAAUAGUAUGCUUUUCUGUAGAGCAUGUUAUAAGGCUGGAGAACAAAAGAAAUGUAAUUGCUUUUCUGGAUUGGGAAUGUUAGAAGCCACUAUAAGCCAUGAUUAAACUGCACACUGGGAAAAGAUGGAUUGUCUCAUUUCAUGUAUAAGAAACUGGAAAUAAAAGUUCAUGGCUGCACCACAAA